AUGUCCCAAAUGGAAGGCGAGGCAGAGGAACUCAACAAGAAGCUGCAGACAUUACAGCAGCAACACAACCAAGCAUAUGAAUUCUUGAAAAACCUCCAAGCCAAGGAAUCCGCUGGAGCCCCAACCCCACCCCGUCCCCAAGAAAAGCAGUUAAUGGUGACCCCCAAUGAACAAAACUUACGGAAGUUUAGUGGAAAACAUGGAGAUCAUGAACUGUCCAAAGAGGAUUUCAUUAAAAAUGCGAAAAGCGCAAUCACCUCAAGAGGACUUCCCUCUCCCAGCAGGCAAAUUCUAUACUCCCAUACAUUGAGGGACAUGCUAAAGAAGAAAUGA